AAAAUUCAAAUUUUGCCAGAAAAAGGGCACGUUUUCAUAUAAAUCCCACCAUUUUUGUUCAUCAAUUUAAUGUUUUCUUCCUUUCGUAUCCCAUUUCUAAGCUGUUAAGAUUGAAAAGAGAGAGACAGAGUGGGGCCCACUAUAGCAGUGGCAAAGGCCAUUGAAAUUUCUUGCUAUUUAAACCCCCUCCCGAAUUUGUUCACUCAUUUUUUGGUAAUCUGAGCAAAAAUUUGGAAUUUAUUUUUUUAGCAAAAAUGGGGGUUGAAGAUGGAAGGAAGCAUCCUCUGGUUUUUGCUUACUAUGUCACUGGUCAUGGGUUCGGACAUGCCACUCGUGUUGUUGAGGUUGUGCGGCAUCUGAUUAAUGCAGGGCAUGAUGUUCAUGUGGUCACUGGUGCACCUGAUUUUGUUUUUACCACUGAAAUACAGUCCCCUCGACUGUUUCUCCGCAAGGUUUUGUUAGAUUGUGGAGCAGUUCAGGCAGAUGCUUUGACAGUGGAUCGGCUAGCUUCACUGGAAAAGUACUCAGAGACUGCUGUUGUGCCUCGUGAUUCUAUCUUGGAAACGGAGGUGGAGUGGCUGAACUCGAUAAAGGCAGACUUAGUGGUCUCAGAUGUCGUACCAGUUGCUUGUCGAGCAGCAGCUAAUGCAGGCAUCCGUUCUGUUUGCGUUACAAACUUCAGCUGGGACUUCAUCUAUGCUGAGUAUGUCAUGGCUGCCGGGAUUCAUCAUAGGUCAAUCGUUUGGCAGAUUGCAGAAGAUUACUCUCAUUGUGAGUUCCUUAUUCGCCUCCCAGGGUACUGCCCAAUGCCAGCAUACCGUGAUGUGAUUGAUGUACCUUUGGUGGUGAGAAGGUUACACAAGUCUCGCAAGCAGGUCAGGGAAGAACUUGGAAUUGGUGAAGAUGUGAAGGUUGUUAUCCUCAACUUUGGUGGGCAGCCAGCAGGUUGGAAGCUAAAGGAGGAGUACUUGCCUUCUGGUUGGCUCUGUCUGGUUUGUGGUGCUUCCAAUAGUCAGGAUCUUCCUCCCAACUUCAUAAAGCUCGCAAAAGAUGUCUAUACCCCUGAUCUCAUUGCAGCAUCUGAUUGCAUGCUUGGCAAAAUUGGAUAUGGGACAGUCAGUGAGGCAUUGGCAUACAAGUUGCCCUUUGUCUUUGUACGUAGGGACUACUUCAAUGAAGAACCCUUCUUGAGAAACAUGCUUGAGCAAUAUCAAGGUGGUGUUGAGAUGAUAAGAAGGGAUUUACUGACUGGUCAUUGGAGACCAUAUCUUGAACGUGCACUGACCUUGCGCCCAUGCUAUGAGGGAGGCAGCAAUGGUGGUGAGGUUGCAGCACGUAUUUUGCAGGAUACAGCUUCUGGGAAAAGCUAUAUAUCAAAUAAGCUUAGUGGCUCUAGGAGAUUGCGAGAUGCCAUUGUUCUUGGGUAUCAAUUACAAAGAAUGCCUGGAAGAGAUCUUUGGAUUCCAGACUGGUAUGCAAAUGCAGAAACUGAACUUGGUCUGCGUACAGGAUCACCAACUGCUGAAAUGCGUGAUGAUAGCUUCCUCAUGGACUCAUACCAGGAAGACUUUGAAGUUCUUCAUGGGGACCUUCUGGGUCUGCCAGAUACUGUGAGUUUCCUCAAGAGUUUAGCUAAGCUAGAUGCUGCGUAUGAUACUGUAAAGAAUACGGGGAAACGCGAGAUAAGGGAACGCACAGCUGCUACUGCCCUCUUUGAUUGGGAGGAAGACAUUUUCGUGACGAGAGCACCAGGAAGAUUGGAUGUCAUGGGUGGAAUUGCUGACUACUCAGGAAGCCUUGUAUUGCAAAUGCCAAUUAGAGAAGCUUGCCAUGUUGCCAUCCAAAAGAUUCAUCCUGGUAAAGAAAGGCUGUGGAAGCAUGCUCAGGCUCGAAAACUUGCAAAAGGAGAUGGACCAACCCCUGUGCUACAAAUUGUGUCCUUUGGGUCGGAGUUAAGUAAUCGUGGCCCUACCUUUGACAUGGAUUUGUCAGAUUUUUGGGAUGGAGAACAACCAAUGUCAUAUGAGAAGGCGAGAAACUACUUUGCUCAAGAUCCGUCCCAGAGAUGGGCUGCAUUUGUUGCAGGGACAAUUCUGGUUUUGAUGAAAGAAUUAGGCAUACGCUUUGAGAACAGUAUUAGCAUGCUGGUUUCUUCUGCUGUCCCAGAAGGCAAAGGUGUCUCUUCUUCUGCAGCUAUUGAAGUUGCCAGCAUGUCUGCAAUAGCUGCUGUUCAUGGACUGAAAAUACCCCCAAGAGAGCUUGCUUUACUCUGCCAAAAGGUAGAGAAUCAUGUGGUUGGAGCUCCAUGUGGUGUGAUGGACCAGAUGACUUCUGCAUGUGGUGAAUCUACCAAACUUCUUGCAAUGGUUUGCCAGCCUGCCGAGGUAUUGGGUCUUGUGGAUAUACCUAGUCAUAUAAGAUUCUGGGGAAUUGAUUCAGGAAUACGGCACAGUGUUGGAGGCACAGACUAUGGAUCUGUUAGAGUUGGGGCCUUCAUGGGGCGGAGGAUCAUUAAGUAUAUUGCAUCAACAUUGCUGUCACAGUCACUGUCUGCUAAUGGGAUGACCCCUGAUGAUGUCGAAGAAGAUGGUGUCGAGCUACUUGAAUCUGAGGCUUUGCUAGAUUAUCUGUGCAACCUCUCACCACACAGAUAUGAAGCUCUUUACUCAAAGGUACUGCCGGAAACCUUGCUUGGUGAGACAUUUGUGGAGAAAUAUGCCGACCAUAAUGAUCCGGUCACAGUAAUAGAUAUGAAACGCAAUUAUGGACUUAGAGCAGCAGCAAGACAUCCUAUUUAUGAAAACUUCCGUGUGAAGGCUUUUAAAGCUCUAUUAACAUCUGCAACUUCAGAUGAUCAACUCACAGCUCUUGGCGAACUCAUGUAUCAGUGCCACUUCAGUUACAGCGCCUGUGAACUUGGCUCAGAUGGGACAGAUAGGCUUGUUCAGUUAGUGCAAGAAAUGCAGCACAGUAAAAUGUCAAAAUCUGUUGAAGGAACUCUAUAUGGUGCAAAAAUUACUGGAGGUGGAUCUGGUGGAACAGUUUGCGUCGUUGGGAGGAAUUGCAUACGAAGUAGUGAACAGAUUUUUGAGAUUCAGCAGAAAUACAAGAGUGCCACGGGAUAUCUGCCAAUAAUUUUUGAAGGCUCAUCACCAGGGGCAGGGAAAUUUGGACACUUGAGAAUUCGUCGCCGCAAUACUUCCAACAAAAAUUGAUGUAUACUGAGGGAAAAUAUAAAGACUGAUGAGGGAAAUACCCAACAGGACAGAAAAUAUUAUAUGUUGGAUGACAUUAGGGUGCAACUAGCUAAAGUGCCCAAUGUGCCAUUGCUGGGAAAUAUAAUUAUGACAUUUCUUAAUUAGACAAAAAUGUGGUGUACCUUUACUAUGUCCAGUUGAUGUAACAUUUAUUUUAUUUAAAUCAUGAUGUCCUUGUACUGCAGUUUGAAGCAUCAAAGCCUUGCCCUGACAUGUGUUGUUUUGAACAGUUACAACUCUGCAAGUAAGCUAGUGAUUAUCAGUGAAA